UCUACAGAUUUGUAAAUAAGCCAGUAAAAAUUACUACUUCAAUUAUGGAUUCUGACAAUAGUUAUAAGUUUUUAAAGAAGCGCCAUGUUGCUUUCUUACGUCGAUGUUUAUCCAUCCUUCCAUCCAGUACUGUGACUUACGACACUAGCAGAAUGACUGUGCUAUACUUUGCUCUUUCUGGACUUGAUGUGCUAGAUGCUCUGGAUGAUAUUCCUCAGACGGAAAUAAAAGAAAUAAUUGAAUGGAUCUACACUCUCCAACUCACAACUAAUGAUGGUUACAAGUAUGGUGGCUUUCGAGGAGGCCACUGCAUCAGCAACAUCUUCUGCUCUAACACAAAAAAUGAACUCUUAUCUCAAGAUGUUCAUGCUAUCUCUCAUAAUCAAGCUGUCUCUCGCAAAGAAUGCAAUAGUCACAACAGUGCAAAUGGCAAAGACAACUCUUUAGAAAUUAGAAUCAAUGAAGGGCAAAUUCCUGCAAAAAUUCUCCGGCAAUUUGCACCAGCUCGUCUUGAUAAUCCUCCACCUAUGCAGCUGCAUCAAAACUAUGAAAAAAUCCCCAUUAAGUCUCAGUCAUCUUCCAUGAAUAGUAGUGAACAAACUAGUUUUUCAAAACACAUAGAUCGAGAUUUAGACUCGGCUCACAUAACAAUGACUUACACAGCUUUAGCCUCUCUUGUGCUGCUGGGUGAUGAUUUAAGUAGAGUUGACAAGCCUGCUGUUUUGCGCCAUGUUUCUUCUCUCCAGUGUUCCAAUGGCAGCUUUCUGUCUAAUUCUGGUGGCAGUGAAAACGACCUUCGGUUUGUUUACUGCGCUGCUGUUGUCUGCUAUUUACUGGGUGACAUGACUGCCAUCGAUGUACCUGCAGCAUUACGUUAUGUUGCUGACUGUUUGGGUUAUGCCGGAUCCCUGGGACAAGGAGCCUUGCAGGAGAGCCACGGUGGUAGCACGUAUUGUGGGGUGGCUGCCUUGUACCUCUUUGGUGCCAUACAGCCUCUUGAUCUUUAUCUCGAUGACGCCCCCAGCAGGACAGUGACGACAACUUCGAGUGCCUUCAGUGAGAGAGAAAUUCGGGCUCUGGUGCGGUGGCUUGUGAUGAGGCAGGAGGAUGAGUCAGGACGGGUUUACACAGGCGAUGUUAAUGAGCUUGCUGGAGGCUUGCAGGGCCGCCCGAACAAACCAGCAGACACGUGCUACACCUUCUGGAUCGGUGCCGCGCUUAAAAUGCUUGGCUGUGAGGACUUGCUGGAGAAAAGAGCGCUGCAGCAGUUUGUGUUGAGCACUCAAGACCCCGUGACGGGUGGACUGGCCAAGUACAGCAACGGGCAAGUGGACGGCCUGCACACGUACUUGGGCAUCAGCGGACUUGCUGUCUUGGGCCUGCAGGACUUGAGGGAGGUGCACCCGGCAUUGAAUAUUACCAAGAGAGCGUACUUGCAUUGGCAAACAUUAAACAUGGACAAGCGGUAACUGGUAAUGACCGCUGGCUGGUCAUUACCAGUUACCGUAUAGAAGUAGUGAAGUUAUAGAAGUAAUGAGUUUCAUCGGUGUAGAGCACUGAAAAAUUUGUCACAAUACAAGGUACAGUAAGUAUGUAAGUACAGUUAUCAAAAAGUGUCCUUGCCUUGUUUUAUGAAAUAAUUAAAAUUGGUUAUUGGAAGCGGAACUACGUCUCCCAAUGAUACAGAUUUUGAGCCACUGUUUAAGAAUUCUUCACGUUCUGCAGAUUUUUAUAUAUUCUAAAUAGAUGUUUAUAUGAAAGACUUAACUGUGCCUUUUACAAUUGAAAUGCUUUCAACGUAUAUUUUUGACAUAAUUAACCCAUUUCACGAAAAGCAAUGGUCGCAUGCACGCCUACCAAAAGUAAGCAUCAUUGGGAAAGCCAAUGGACCGCUAAGUUGUGCCGUCAACUGAACUCAUGAGGUUUGAGUGCUAGUAGAUCGUUUGGACGAUUUCUUUUUUAGCAUCAACUGCUUGUUUUGUGCAGCUGGUGCAUGAUUCAAACCCAACAAAUAGCACUAUUUUAUAGCAUUGCAAGACGCAUUGUUAUGAUUAUUCAAUCGGCCAAUUAUCUCUUGUUCACCUACACAUGCAGACGAUAUUGUUGUGCUCGUUGUUUUUAAGUAGUGAACAAUCAAUAUGUUAAUUGAAUUUUGUGAGCGCAACUGUCGUCAGUAACCAUGGAGCAUCGAAUCUAACCGACAUCUACUUCGUUAUUAAGAUUUUGCAGAGUAAAUUUACCGCGAGUGCAGAAUCGACAUGCUCCUCCCUAUGCGCUUCAUUGUGAUACAAAUAUUCCUUUUAUUUAGAUAUUAGUGCAAUAGUGGUGACUUCAGUGUACUAUCAGUGGUGUUUGUAAGUUAAGAAUUCGUGGGAGGUACUGUACAGUUUAUAAACAUGGCCAUUAUUUUACGAGUAGUUGGAAUCCACACCAGAGAGAUUAAGAGGUCAUGGCAAGUCACUUAGUUAAGAGGCCAUGGCAAGUCAUCGUAAUGAAGUCACUCAUGCCUCGUGAUAUGGUCUUUGCUUACUCACUAAGCUCGUGUGGGAUCAAGCGCUUCAUAUCGGCCUCUGUGACGUCGGGAGCAGGAAAGUUACUUUUUCAAGCACAACUCAAAUUGGUAGAACUAAAUAGCUAACGUCAAUACAGUGAGCUGAUGUAUUGCACAACGUGAGGUUCCCUACAUUCAAUUUCAUGCUUUUAUUACAAGUUAAACACUUGCUACAAUUAACUCCAUUUGUAUUUAAAUGACGCAAACUCGCUGAAGAAGCUUUAACUGUUCCUGAUCAGUGUUUACAUUAAACGAAAAAUAGUCGUUCGAAAAUAUCACGAAAAGGGCAAAAUUAUAUAAAAAUCAUCAAAUAUAGAUUUAUUGGGGUU